UGCGAAGAAAAGCCCAUCUCAUAACCAUCAUGUAAACAAAACACAAAUAUAUCUAUUCACAGGUGAUGUGUAAAUCGCCCAUUACCACCAUUUACAUGAACGAGAACCAGCAAUCACCGCACUAUAAAGCCCGUGCAUGCAAAAUCAUUCAUCACUCAGGUCAGGAACUUUGGUUAAGGUCUGUAAACAGAGUAAAAGAGAUGCAAUCGUGUGAUUUCUGCGGAUACGGCUCUGGCGAGAAUACCCACGGUGUCUCAUUCAAAUUCCCUUUAAAAGAGGAACAUCGUCGUCAUUGGAUAGUGAAUAUGGGGAAGGACGCGGAAUGGACUCCAUCGGAAUCCUCGUCUCUGUGCUCCGCUCAUUUCACUCCGGAUUGCUUUGAAUCUGGAUCAGCGCGUUUACACUCAAACGCGAUUCCGACUCUAUUUAAUUUCACACAGUCUAAGAAUCAGAUGCUAAAUGACACUGAAAAUCUCCCUCCACAGCAAGGAGCUACUGAAUCCAAAGAGUCUUCCAGAUCAUCCUGCUCUGACUGCUAUAAAUAUCUGCAGGCCACAGAAAGAAAUUACCAGCUAAAAUUAGCUGCUGCUCAGCUUCAGAUAAAAGAGUACAAGAAGAAUCUAGCAGAGGAGUCACGAAAAGCAGCAAAAUGGCAGAAGCGAGCAAUAGUUUUGCAGAGCGCAAUCAGAGCAAUGAAACAAAGGGGGUCAAUACCUGCUUCAAGAAAAACAUCUACACCUAAAAAUAAUCAUUUGGACUGAAAGAACACAUAGUCCACACAAUGAUUUUCAAAAUACUUAUACAUAUAAUUUACACUUUAUAUGUAUACAAAAUAUUCUUACCAAU